AGUAACUAACGCGCGUUAAGAUCGACGUGACUCAGCCGAUGGAUGAUUCUCUUCAGGCUUUUGUCUCUGGGGUAGAGCAUGUGCCCCAGAACGGUCACUCAGACUUUGAAAUCGACCUAGAUUCGUUCAUGGACGUCAUGACCGUCGACCAGUCGGUCGUCAAGCAAGAAAUGCCGGACACGAGCUCUUCGAGUGGCAGCCAGAGCCACCCUACCUCUCCGUCCAGCUCGAAAGACGCGAAGUCGCCAUCAAGUCCGCCAGAUCGAACUGCUUCUGUUCAACCGUGCCGCGUCUGCAGCGACCGCGCGUCCGGCAAGCACUUCGGUGUGGUGAGCUGCGAGGCGUGCAAGAGCUUCUUUCGACGGAGCGUCCGACAGAACGCGAAAUAUUCGUGCCGCAACGAGAGAAACUGCGUGGUGGAGAAGAACACUCGCAAUCGAUGUCAGUUUUGUCGGUUACAGAAGUGCCUCAGGACGGGCAUGAAAAGAGAAGCCGUUCAGGACGAGCGUACCGCGCCAAAGAAAUCACAACAGCAUCUUGUUCACAUGGGGGGACAAUUCUACUCGACUCCCCCGGAUCAAGACUUUGGAUUACCUGGAAGAGUGGAACUCAACGUUAUUUCGAUCCCUGUACUGCUCGCCGCCGAGGAGGCAUUCGCAGAGGGAAGCAUCAAUAUUGAUACUUCCAGUGCAGGUGGUUUCCGUGAUCUAAUGGAAUCGACCAAACCCCAACUUUCCACCUUGAUUGACUGGGCCAAGUUGAUACCGAGUUUCAUUGGUCUAAACUUGGACGACCAAGUGCGACUGCUGAAGUCUACAUGGAGCGAACUGUUGAUGCUUCGAAUGGCUACAAGAUAUUCACCCGUAGAUGGUACCUUGAUAUUGGCCAGUGGCCGAGCUCUGCACAGAGAGUUCACAGAAAAUCAAGAAAUCGGGCGUCUAAUUGGACGAGUACUGGAUGAGGUUGUUGCUCCAUUCAAAAAGAUGAACAUCGACCAAGCCGAAAUGGCUUGUCUCAAGACCAUCGUCUUGUUCGACUGUGACGUCGUCGGUCUCAACAAUCCUCUUCGCAUCGAGCAGUUACAGAACCAGGCACUGAAAUCAUUGGAGGACUACGACCGCCAGUAUUAUGCACAAAAACCCCAACGAUUUCCCAGGAUGCUGCUUCGUUUGUCGUCACUCCGAUCGAUCAGUAGGGAGUGCGUCGGCUACAUUCUGCAGAACAAGCAACAAGGCCCGUUCCGCGUGGACGAAUUCAUCCUGGAGAUGAUCGACGGGGACGUACCAUUGGGCACUCCACUCUCUCCUCCCAGUUCGUCCUAUCAACAGUACUACGCUCCUACACCACCAGGCAGCUACCCCAUGGAAGGAUUUGCGUCGGCGACUUACACAUGAACCCUGUGUGACAUUGUAGCGAACUUGUUCAGUAUAAGUGAGGAUGGUACCUUGCCCUAGUAGACCUAGACCCACUAGUCUAAUCCAGUCGGUUUCGACCCGACUUUAUGAGUGGUUCUCGUAUGAUCAUGAAUCAUGUAUUGUACGCCGUCAAACGAGAAAUAGAUUACAUACGUUUCAGUUCA